UAAGAACGUAUGACGUAUAGGUUCGACCUGAAUCGACCGUAAUUUAAAUGUUAUUUUAUUCUCUCCCAUGUCACCGGAAACGUGUUGUUUUUUAGUAGCAGCUGUCGACUCUUCCAGACUCGGAGAACAGAAACAAUACUAUUUACUGCGGUCUAUUUGAUGUUGCUGGGCAGCCCUCGUAGGCAUCGGACAGUGAAACAGUGUUUCAACAUAGAACAUCAUGUCAGAUCUUGUAGCCACCUGGGAUAUAGCACUGAGUGACGGUGUUCACAAAGUGGAAUUUGAGCAUGGGACCACCUCAGGGAAGAGAAUCAUUCGGGUAGAUGGCAAGGAAAUCUACAGACAGGACUGGAUGUUCAAACUAGUGGGCAAAGAGUAUUUUCAAGUGAGCAAAGCGAAAUGCUGCAUCAGCAUCGACGCAGUCAGUGGGUUUGCCUACGAGUACACGCUAGAUGUGAAUGGGAAACCCCUGAAGAAGUUCCAGGAGAAUCAGAGCAAGAUCAUGAAGUGCUGGGUCCUGUACCUGGGAGGGAACGACGUACGAGUGGUGCUGGAAAAGGACACUUUAGAUGUUUGGGUGAAUGGCCGCAUAGUUGAGACUGCAGGAGAAUUUGCCGAUGACGGCACGGAGACUCACUUUGAGAUCGGCUCGCACUCUGCAUACAUCAAGGCCAUCACGACGGGAAAAAGACGGGACGGAAUUGUACACCAGUUGUUUGUGGACGAGGUGGAAAUCCCUCUAGCGACCGAUUAAGACUUGCCUUGAAUGAACGAAUAAGGCUUUCCAUUAACCCCUACGUGACAGACGGUGUUUUCCAACUUUUACUGCGCCCAAUAUUUGCUGGCUAGGACAAUGAGCAGUUUCAGUCAUUUUGCUAUUCCUUUCAGAAUUAAAGAAAGUUAAUGUGAUUCAUUCUUUUACGCUAUCGCAAAUUUCGAAUCUUUCAUGAGUUUUCUGGUAAAAUUCCAUUCAAACCUUAUUGUAGAACAGUUGUAAAUCCUAUAGGGUGCACUGUAGGACGUACAUUGUACGAGAGGAUGGCAUCUCGGCUCAAGAUGUCAGGAUGUUUAGCGCACCUUGUGCGGAAUCUGUCACGAAGGGGUUAAUGAACAAAUAAGGCUUGCUUUUGAUAAACAAAUAAGGCUUGCCUGUAAUAAACAGAUAAGGCUUGCUUUUGAUGAACAAGUAAGGCUUGCUUUUAAUGAACGAAUCGGAGCUGUUGAGUGUAAGGCUCUGUCCUAUGUCACUUUUUAACCCAAUCCGUACGCCCUGGGGUCAUUUUGUACCCCGGGGGUUGUAUUCUUCACAUUUCAGAAUACUUCUAG